AUGUGUUACAUUUUACUUUAUUAUUGCCAGUUUGCAAUCUCUCCUUUUCUCUUCCGCGGUCUCCGACCAGCACCUGGCAUUCCCAAGCGAUCAACACCUGACAUUCCCAAGCGAUCAACACCUGGCAUUCCAAAGCGACCAGCACCUGGCAUUCCCAAGCGAUCAACACCUGGCAUUCCCAAGCGACCAGCACCUGGCAUUCCCAAGCGACCAGCACCUGGCAUUCUCAAGCGAUCUACACCUGACAUUACCAAGCGAUCAACACCUGACAUUCCCAAGCGAUCAACACCUGGCAUUCCCAAGCGACCAGCACCUGACAUUCCCAAGCGACCAGCACCUGGCAUUCCCAAGCGAUCAACACCUGGCAUUCCCCAAGCGACCAGCACCUGGCAUUCCCAAGCGAUCAACACCUGGCAAUUCCCAAGCGAUCAACACAUGACAUUCCCAAGCGACCAGCACCUGACAUUCCCAAGCGACCAGCACCUGGAAUUCCCAAGCGAUCAACACCUGACAUUCCCAAGCGACCAGCACCUGGCAUUCCCAAGCGACCAGCACCUGGCAUUCCCAAGCGACCAGCACCUGGCAUUCCCAAGCGAUCUACACCUGACAUUACCAAGCGAUCAACACCUGACAUUCCCAAGCGAUCAACACCUGGCAUUCCCAAGCGACCAGCACCUGACGAUUCCCAAGCCACCAGCACCUGGCAUUCCCAAGCGAUCAACACCUGGCAUUCCCAAGCAACCAGCACCUGGCAUUCCCAAGCGAUCAACAACUGGCAUUCCCAAGCGAUCAACACCUGGCAUUCCCAAGCGAUCAACACCUGACAUUCCUGGCAUUCCCCAAGCGACCAGCACCUGGCAUUCCCAAGCGACCAGCACCUGGCAUUCCCAAGCGACCAGCACCUGGAUCUACGACCAGCACCUGACAUUACCAAGCGAUCAACACCUGACAUUCCCAAGCGAUCAACACCUGGCAUUCCCAAGCGAUCAACACCUGGCAUUCCCAGCGACCAGCACCUGGCAUUCCCAAGCGAUCAACACCUGGCAUUCCCAAGCGACCAGCACCUGGCAUUCCCAAGCGAUCAACACCUGGCAUUCCCAAGCGAUCAACACAUGA